CGCUCAGGCUUAAUUCAUCAGGAUACCAGCCUCGAUUGAACAAUUAACUAGACCGAGAAAGGAAGCAAACUUAAAAUAUACUCGCGUGGUUGAAGUAAAUAUUCCAGACUUUACGUCCUGGGGUAGCAUGGCAAACCAGAUGCACGACGGUACCUGCCGAUUGCCCUCGACCAACGCAUGGCUCACUUUCGCUAUUACACGGGCCUGGGUGGCACAAUUGACUGGGAACAACAUGCACCGGCUUGCGCCGGAGCUUGUGGCACAGCGAAUUAAAAUAUCGGCGCAAGAUGAUCCUUUCCUGAUUUGGCUUGGGAAUACAGUAGUGGUGCUGGCGCCGAGCGUCGCUGCCUUCUACAUCAUGUGGCCGGCACAAGUUCUGCAGGGAACGAACCGCUCUGUUCAGUGGCAUGACGGUGUUCCACCAUAUGAGCUCGAUGUCGACAGCCUUUACCCAACGAAAAGGCUGUACACCUACGUUGGUGACGACUGGGUUGUGUAUUGGGUCAUAGAUGUUCUGCCAGGGACGGUCAUCCGGUACAGUGUCACGGAUUCUGCUGGAGAACAGUCCAACAGCUCGGAGCUGACUAUUCAGCCCAACCCCAUUUUAACUACAGCCUCUUUGAUGUCAAUAAGUGUUGUCAUUGGUUUCUGUGUCUUCAGUCAGCGUAAUUUCCACCAGUUCUACUGGUACUCCAAUCUCCACCCACUCAAACCCAUCAUCCACACUGUCUAAAACUUCCAACUCUCCAUCUCCGACACAAACAUCUUCGGGCGGGAGCAGUAAUACAAGAGUAAUAGCCGGAGGCGCUGUUGGGGGUGCCAUUGCUCUGUUACUCAUUGGCAUUGGGGCUUUCUUCUU